AUGGUCAUCUUUGACAGUUUCAGCAAAGCCAAACUCAAGUUUAUAAAUGCUUGCAGCCUUCCGAGCAACGUAAACUCUGGUGAUAGUUCCCGCGAGUUUCUAGAAGAGGCCAAAAGAAGCAAAGAAAUGAAGGAGAAAGAACUAGCCCUAGUGGACAUGGAAAAAGAACGGCUAAUCGAGAACGAUCUACUUGCCAGGUACAUCGUAUGGGGUUAUGAUGAACGCCUUAUUGAUGGUAGCGGCCCUAGCAGAGGAGGAUCUUCUACGCCCCAGGAGAGUCAUAUAGCCACUGCGAUUCCUAAGUAUACGAGUAAGGCCACAUUGCAUAUACAAUCAAACCGUGCCUCAAACGUAGAUGAUCCAGUAUCAUUAGGUCCUUUAGAUCUGGACACUCCGGUGGCUGACAAAAAGUACAUCGACGCCAACACCCUAGCCAAAGUGGUGCAACACAGCAAAUAUCAAGUCAUCAUCCCUACUUACCCUGCCAAACCGACUAGCGUGGAAGAGAAGAAAGUGGACGAAAACGGCAACGCUCUCCAUCAGACCAAAGAGAAAAAGAAGAAAAAACAGAGCGAUAAGAAUGUUACUGUUUUGUCACAAAACAUCGAAGGUCACAGAUCUGAAAUAAUUAACAAUGUGGAUCAAUUGUUGCACUUCAUCGAAGGUACGACCGAAAAUAACUUGAAAAGUCGACCGGUUCAAUCAAAAUCGAAACAAUUACACAAACAACAUACUACAGAGGAAGGAGGCUCUAAAACUGGGAAAAGGCGGCACAAGUCGGGAACAAAGGAAAAUGAGAGUGGUAAUGAUGGGAGGCACGAACUUAAGAAAAGUAAUUCUCUCAGUGAAAUUUCUGGUAUGAAAUUGGAUAGAGAGUUUGAAGCUUUUGGUAAAAAUAAACCAGAAAAAGAUGAGGAAAACGUUGUUUUGAGGGGUAACAAACCUAUGGAUAGAACUAGGGAGAGGAGGUCUUGGGGCAAUGUUGAGCCUCAUUCAUUUCAAACACUGUACAAUGCUUCAUCUUUGGAAAAUUUGGAAACUGCGACCGAUAGUAAUUGGGAAGUGACAAGACCAAAGAAAAAAAGUAAAAAACGUAGGAACAGUGUAAGUAGUGCAACUGGUGGUAGACAACAUUCCUCGGCCAGUGGAGUUUCUUCUCUAGUUAGCAAUGAGGAUCGCAGAUCAAGAAGGGCACCUUCUCCUGAUUUAGGCGUCGUCAUAGUUGGUGUUUCUAAUGCAAAAACAACUAGAUCAAUGCCCCACAGCGAGAAGAGUAACGAUUCCUCUUCCGAUGUGGAUUCAGUCCAUUCAUUACCCUUGGAUGGUCCUAUUUCUUAUGCAGACAUUGCUAAAAACAGUGAAAAAAAGAAACCGAGCCCUGAAAAACAAGAACGUUCUAUCAUCAACAAUAAAGAAAAAUCACCUCAACUGUCAAAGCACCACGAACCCGACUCAAAAAAUAUAGCCCAAACGCAACUCACAAAUUCCAUAGAAAAACCAAUAAAUCUAUCAUCUUCCUCGUCAUCAAUAAAUCCAACAGUAGCAAAACCCAUAGUUCUCGAUGUGAACAAUAUCAAAAGUUUUCCUGCUAUUACUAGCAGCACCACAAAGACUACAGCGGUCGCCGUCAGUACUACCGCGCAGACUCAGACAAGUGAUAAGGCUGUGCAAUCGACUUUAGGUUAUGAAGACAAUUUUGUGCGUGAAAAAACGUUUUCUGGCGAUACUCAGAAGGCCGAUAAUGGACUUGAAGUUUCAAGCUUAAAGCAACAACGGCCGGCUAUGCCUAUUAACAAUAAUAAUAGUAAUGUAAAUAAUAAUGUAGGAAAGGAUAGGAAAAAUAAAAACAGUGAAGCUACGCAACAAACAAAUAGUGUACAAGGAUUUUUCGGAGUUCAGGGUGACGUUCAUAAUGAGUUGUCGUCAGUACCCACACACAUACACAAUCUUUCCGAACAACAAGCACAACCACAACCAAGGUCAUUCGAAAAGAAAAACACGCCCAUUAAUCAUUUUGAACCCACCCACUCAACCUUAUUCCAGUUUCUUUCACAGCUCAUGAGGGAUCCUGCCAAUUACGCCACUCAAAGAAUGCCACCUGAUAUCGUAGACGUCUCCACUAUAGAAAAGAUGCAGUUCAUGCAAUGUAUCCCUAUAACGUGUAAUAGUUCUUCCCAUAACGAUUCCACCCAAGUGUCUUACACACAAUCAUAUCCCAGUGCUCCGUCAGACGCUGUGCCCAUCGCCCAUCAGGGCGGUAGCAAAAGCAAGCGGAAAAAGGGCAACAACCCGGCCAAGACUAAUCAUCUUGGUGAUUCUAAAGUUAAUAAUGAAGUGGCUGAUGAAAAUGAUGUGGUAGUGGUGGCGCCGCUGAUGGCGUCUGUCUGUGAUACUAAUAAUGCGGAGGAAAAGGGUGUUAGAAUGGUUAAUGGGGUCUCUGACGAAAUUUCGUUUUCGUCACCAGAGCCUCGGCAACAUUCGAUUGCGGAUGAGCCAAUGGACAUGAGUAGCAGUCCUCCUCCUGUAGUGAUUUUGUCGGGUUUGCCCAAAGAAGUGCCUUCAGGUCUAAUCUUUGGCUUUGAUGUAAAUGAACAGUUGCUGUUGGAAGAUUCGGGUGGCUGCGAUGCGAUUACGAUGCAACAGCAACAAUCAUUGUCUCAUGGCACUGUAAAAAUUACUGAAGUCAGAAUAGAAAGAUUACCAUGUAGGGGUGAUGAAUGGGUUAAAUGUUAUAAGCCUCCGGCCAAUGACAGAGGUGCUCCGAAACACAACCAUGACAAAAUCGUUAGUUUUAUUUCGGCUGCUUGGGAGAGUGUAUUAAGCCAACAAAUACAAUACUACUCUGAUGGUUUAUAAAACUUUUUUAGUGGACCAAAGUGACAAUUAUAUUAAAAAAAGUGCUUAAAACUAAUUUAUUUGAAAAAUGAACACAAAUCGAUUAAGGUGAAAUGCGAAAAAUGCUAGUCAUAAACUGUUAAGAAAAAAAAUGUUUUUUUCUAUUUUAAACAAAGGCAAUGUCGUAAGUCAAGUGAGAUAUACAUAGUUAUUUUUUAAGCGUUAUAAAUUAAAAAAAAGGUACCGCGCGAACUGCCUCAAUAUAGUGGAAAAAAAAAGUGCGAAAAAAGUGACAAUUAUUGUAAAAAAAAUGUCAAAAAAAAUAGCAAUAUUGAAGUGUAGCUAACGCUAAGGGCCCCAAAGUUGAUUAUUUUGGGGCCGAGAAUUAUUACAAGCUGAAGUUUUUCCUAUUGCGAAUACAUUUGUGCUAAAGAGAUGCUAAAUUUUAAAACUUAAUAUGUAUUAUGGAUUUGCUUUUUUUUUUUAACUCAAAUCAAGCAUUUUUGAUUGAUGCUUUUUUGCAUUCAUAUAUUUUAACGUGAAGAAAAAAUACAAGGCAUCUUUGGUCUUCUGUUAAUGUUCUUUAUACAUAUUAUUAAUUUAUACAAAAAAGAAAAUUUAGUUUUGUUUUUGAAAAAGUUUUUAAUUUUAUUUAUUUCCUUUUUAACCUUUAUUAUAUGGAUCUGAGAAAGUGGAUUAUUGCAAGAGAAAUAAAAUGUAACUUGGUCGGUAUUGUGCCAUUAAAAAAAACUCAUUUUUAAUAUACAUAUUUCUCGAAAUCCACCCUAUAUUUUUGUGAUUUACAUUAUUAUUCUGGUAAAUUCCUUUCGGUUCUUUAGGAAUGCGUUUAUUAAUGAUAAUGGGUUUUCCGUUUCAUUGCUUCUUUAUAUAAAAAAAAGUUGUGGAAAAUUUGCAAAAAAUAUUAAUACACAUAUAAAUAAUGUAAAAAAAUUGUGUAAAGUAUUUGUAGGAGAAAAUAUUAUUAGGGUAAGUUGUUGGGUGAUAAAUUUGAAAUUUAUGGCCAAAGUAACAGAAAUGCAGCUCAACUGUAAACAAGCAUUAAUGGUGAAUAAAUCCCUAUUGAAAUACCUAUUACACACACACACCGGCUAAAUUAGGGGAAUGGACUAAAUUUACACUAGAGUUUGAUAUUAAUUUUCUCUUGUACCCUCCACUCGAUUUCGAUUAAUUGUUCACAGAUUUUAGCUUGAUUCUUCAGGAAUACAUCUCACGUAUUACCGUUAUUAAAUGAUUCGUCUUUAUAUCAUAUACAGGGUUGGAAAGAAAGUCAGUAAUUUUCAGAGUUUUUUGAGACACCCUGUGGAGUGAACCACUGAAAAUUCGGAACGAUUUCCGCACAUUUUCAUUUUUUAUUCACUCAGAUAUUUUCAAUAUUAUUGAAAAUACAGAGUUUCGAAGAAAAGGUGGAUAUUGACCUUAAUUUUUUCCAUGUCGACAUACAAAUUGGAUAUGAAAAUGUGUCGUUUUCCAA